UAGCUAAUUUGCUAUGUUUUUUAUUAAUGUCCUGCCCAGACAUUUUCUGCCACCAGUUUGAUUCAUCUCCUGACCCCUUCUGAGGAUCCAGAGAUUGAGCAGGAACGUAUUGAUAAGAUUUGGCCAAAGCUGAGAGUACUUGCCUGAUCUUCUCCAACAGAUAAACACACUGUGGUUAAAGGAAUGCCGUUUGGUUUGUGAAAGGACUCCAAGAAUAUACAAAGUGCGGCUAUGAAGCUGCAGCGAAGCAUUUUGCUCCAGCAGACCUGGAUGUGAACCUGAGUGGGAAGUCCUUCAUGAUAACAGGUGCCAACAGCGGGAUAGGGAAAGCCACAGCGCAGGAAAUAGCUAACAGAGGGGGAACUGUUCACAUGGUGUGUCGAAACAAGGGGCGAGCAGAAGCAGCCAAAGAUGAAAUUGUAGAACGGAGUAAAAAUGAGAACGUCCACAUCCAUGUGGUUGACAUGUCCAGUGCGAGACAGGUGUGGGAGUUCGCCCAGAGCUUCUCACAAAGCAACACUGUACAUGUGCUGAUCAACAAUGCAGGCUGUAUGGUCAACCAGAGAGAGUUAACUGAGGAGGGUUUAGAGAAGAACUUUGCAACAAAUACACUCGGUACAUACAUCCUCACCACAGCUCUGAUACCUGCUCUGAAGAAGGCUGAAGACCCGAGAGUGGUCACCGUGUCGUCAGGCGGCAUGCUCACGCAGAAGCUGAACGUAGAUGACCUCCAGUUUGAGAAGGGGACGUUUGACGGCACCAUGGCCUACGCUCAGAACAAAAGACAGCAAGUGAUUCUGACAGAGAGAUGGGCUUCUCAGCACAAAGACAUUCACUUCUCCUCCAUGCACCCCGGCUGGGCGGACACACCAGCCGUCCAGUCCUCCAUGCCUUCCUUCCACGCUAAGAUGCAGUCCAGGCUGCGGACAGAUGUGAUGGGGGCCGACACCGUGGUGUGGCUCGCUGUGUCUCCGGCCGCCAGCAAGCAGCCAAGCGGACUCUUCUUCCAGGAUCGCAAAGCAGUGGCGACACAUCUACCUCUGGCCUCCUCCAGGUCCACACCUCAGGAGGAGGAGAAGCUCCUGGCAGCACUGGAGGAGUUCACCCUCAAGUUCAAACCUUGAUGUUUUUGCUAAUGUCUUUUUCACACCAGACACUCCUCACUAAUUGUUAUUAAUCUUUACAUAAUCUUGCUUUUGUGUUUUUGUACAGGACUUUUUUUUUUUUUUUUUUUUUUUUUUUUUUUUUUUACAUUUUUGACUGAUUACCCCAAAGAAAACAGGCUUCAUUUUAGAACAACCUUGAAGUGUGGUAAAAUUGUUUUCAGGAAAGAAGAAUAUUGUAUAGUGCUUUUAUCAGCGAGGUCAAUCAAAAGUAGGCUUCAAUAUAAAUAUAACACACAAUGCAACUUUGUAUAUUAAUUUCUGUAAAAUGUAAUAAUUUCAUUAAACACUUGUGAUAAAUGUC